GAUUAUGUCAUGAUGUUCUAAUAGAGUAUUUUUUUAUGAUUGCAGACAUAUUCCGGGCUUUUCUGCGUAGUGGUCAACCCCUACAAGAAGCUGCCAAUCUACACAGAGAAAAUCAUGGAAAGGUAUAAGGGCAUCAAAAGGCACGAAGUUCCUCCACACGUAUUCGCCAUUACGGACACUGCCUAUCGGUCUAUGUUACAAGAGCGAGAAGAUCAGUCUAUCCUUUGCACUGGUGAAUCUGGUGCAGGUAAAACCGAAAAUACGAAAAAAGUUAUCCAGUAUUUGGCCUAUGUCGCUGCCUCGAAAUCCCCUAAAAGUGCUGGUGCGCAGAAAGAUCUUAUCGGUGGACUGGAACAACAGCUACUGCAGGCUAAUCCAAUUUUAGAAGCCUUCGGUAAUGCCAAGACAAUAAAGAAUGACAACUCGUCGAGAUUCGGUAAAUUCAUUAGGAUCAACUUCGAUGCGUCAGGAUAUAUCGCUGGUGCUAACAUAGAGACUUACCUCUUGGAAAAAUCACGUGCCAUCAGACAAGCCAGACAAGAAAGAACCUUCCAUAUUUUCUAUCAGCUGCUUGCCGGAGCAUCUGAAGCUCAACGAAAGGAAUUCAUCCUGGAAGACGCCAGAUCCUACGCCUUCCUCAGAGACGACAACCACAUCGUCCCCGGCGUCGACGAUGCCCUCGAAUUCCAGGCCACCGUCAAGAGCAUGAACAUCAUGGGCAUGACGCCCGACGACUUCAGCGCCAUCUUCCGCGUCGUCUCCGCCGUCAUGCUCUUCAGCAAGAUGGAGUUCAAGCAGGACCGCAGCUCCGACCAGGCCACCCUGCCCGACAACACGGUGGCCCAGAAGAUAGCCCAUCUGCUCGGCCUCAGCGUCACCGACAUGACUAGGGCCUUCUUGAAGCCCAGGAUCAAGGUGGGCCGCGAUUUCGUCACGAAGAGUCAGACCAAGGAGCAAGUGGAGUUCGCGGUGGAAGCUGUCUCCAAGGCUUGCUACGAACGCAUGUUCAAGUGGUUGGUGACUAGGAUAAACAGGUCUCUGGGUAGAACGAAGAGGCAGGGUGCUAGCUUCAUCGGAAUCCUCGACAUUGCCGGCUUCGAGAUCUUCGAGCUCAACUCCUUCGAGCAGUUGUGCAUUAAUUACACCAACGAGAAGCUGCAGCAGCUCUUCAAUCACACGAUGUUCAUACUCGAGCAGGAGGAGUACCAAAGGGAGGGUAUCGAAUGGAAAUUCAUCGACUUUGGGCUCGACCUGCAACCGACUAUCGACCUGAUCGACAAACCCAUGGGUAUCAUGGCGCUGCUCGACGAAGAAUGCCUCUUCCCUAAAGCGACUGAUAAAACGUUCGUCGACAAACUAGUGACUGCCCACUCUGUCCAUCCCAAGUUCAAGAAGAGCGAUUUCCGAGGUGUUGCAGACUUUUCCAUUAUCCACUACGCCGGUAAAGUGGAUUACUGCGCCCAGCAAUGGCUGAUGAAAAAUAUGGACCCUCAGAACGAAAACGUAGUCUCUUUGUUGCAAGCCUCUCAAGACCCUUUCGUGAUUCAUAUCUGGAAGGACGCCGAAACCUUGGGUAGAGCGAAGGGAAUGUUCAGAACGGUGUCUUAUUUGUACAAAGAACAGCUCGCUAAUCUCAUGGUGACUCUACGCAAUACGAACCCCAAUUUCGUCCGUUGCAUCAUUCCCAAUCACGACAAGAGGGCAGGCAAAAUUGACGCCCCUCUCGUACUGGAUCAGCUCAGGUGCAACGGUGUUCUAGAAGGCAUACGUAUCUGUCGUCAAGGUUUUCCCAACAGGAUACCCUUCCAAGAGUUCAGACAACGCUAUGAACUCCUCACUCCCAAUGUCAUUAACAAAGGCUUUAUGGACGGCAAGAAAGCUUGCGAAGCCAUGAUCAAGUCUCUGGAGCUCGACAAGAACUUGUUCAGAGUAGGACAGUCGAAAAUUUUCUUCAGAGCUGGUGUUCUGGCUCACCUUGAAGAAGAAAGAGAUUACAAGAUCACUGAUCUCAUCGUCAACUUCCAAGCCUUCUGCAGGGGAUUCGCUUCAAGAAGAAAUUAUCAGAAGAGGGUACAGCAACUUAAUGCCAUUCGUAUCAUUCAGAGAAAUUGCUCAGCUUACUUGAAACUAAGAAACUGGCAAUGGUGGAGGCUUUAUACCAAAGUCAAACCAUUGUUGGAAGUUACUAAGCAAGAAGAGAAACUAAUGCAGAAAGAGGAUGAACUCAAACAAGUCAAAGAUAAGCUGGACCAUCAUAUCAAAUCAGCUGAAGAGUAUGAAUCGAAGUAUCAACUAGCUCAAGAAGAAAAAAUGGUUCUGCAAGAGCAACUGCAAGCUGAAGUGGAGCUUUGUGCCGAAGCUGAAGAAAUGAGAGCGAGACUGACAGCAAGAAAACAGGAGCUAGAGGAAAUAUUACAUGAUCUAGAAGCUCGUAUUGAGGAAGAAGAAGAGAGGGCUAUCGUUUUGAGUGCGGAUAAGAAAAAACUUCAACUAACGAUUCAAGAUCUAGAAGAGCAACUGGAGGAGGAAGAAGGUGCCAGACAAAAACUUCAGCUGGAAAAAGUCCAGUGUGAUAAUAAAAUAAAAAAGCUUGAAGAGGAUUUAGCUCUCAGCGACGAUACUAAUCAAAAACUUUUCAAAGAGAAGAAAAUAUUGGAAGAACGUAGCAAUGACUUGAGCCAAGCUCUGGCUGAGGAAGAAGAAAAAGCUAAACACUUGGCCAAAUUGAAAACCAAACAUGAAUCGACUAUUGCGGAAUUAGAAGAACGCUUAUUGAAGGACCACCAGCAAAGACAAGAAACUGAUAGAUCUAAGAGGAAGGUUGAAACAGAAGUCAAUGACUUGAAGGAGCAGGUGAACGAAAAACGCAGUCAAAUCGAGGAACUGCACCUCCAGCUAGGUAAGCGGGAAGAAGAAUUAGCUCAAGCCAUGGUGAAAGUAGAUGAAGAAAGUGCUCAAAAGGCUCAAUCUCAAAAAGCUCUUAGAGAAUUAGAAAGCCAACUUACCGAACUACAAGAAGACCUUGAAGCUGAGAAGGCAGCCAGAAGUAAGGCAGAAAAAAUGAAAAGAGAUCUAAACGAAGAACUGGAAGCUCUCAAAAAUGAAUUGCUCGAUUCUCUUGAUACCACUGCUGCCCAACAAGAAUUGAGAUCAAAGAGGGAACAGGAACUCGCCACUUUGAAGAAAUCCUUGGAAGAAGAAACUCAAAUUCACGAAGUCACUCAAGCCGACAUGAGGCACAAGCAUACUCAAGAACUCACUGUUUUGAAUGAACAGUUGGAGAAUAUCAAGAAACUGAAAGCUAAUUUAGAGAAGAGUAAACAGGCCCUCGAAGCUGAAAAUGCUGACUUGACAAGCGAAUUGAGAAAUGUUGGUGCUAGCAGACAGGAAGGCGAGAGAAGACGUAAACAAGCUGAAAGUCAAGUAGCAGAACUUUCCGCGAAAUUAUCUGAAGUAGAUAGAUCUCGCCUCGAACUACAAGAAAAAACUGUCAAAUUGCAACAGGAGUUCGAGAAUGUCGUUCAACAGCUCGAAGAAGCAGAACUCAAAGCUUCCUCUGCCUUGAAGAAUCAGAGCACGAGCGAAUCCCACCUGGCCGAGGCUCAAGCAGCGCUCGAGGAAGAGACCAAACAGAAACUUGCUCUCAGCUCUAAGCUCAGACAAUUGGAGUCGGAGAGGGAAAGCAUCCAAGAACAGAUCGAGGAAGAAGAGGAAGCCAAGAAGAAUCUUGAAAAACAACUGUCAAUCAUGACCGUCCAAUUAGCCGAAGCCAAAAAGAAAGCGGAAGACGAAGCCGAACAGGCGGCCAUCUUGGAAGAAAGCAAAAAGAAGCUAGCCAAGGACUUGGAGGCGCUCCAAAGGCAAGUAGAAGAACUGACAGCCGCCAACGACAAACUGGAAAGAAGCAAAAAGAAGAUCGCAGCCGAACUGGAAGACGCCAACAUCGACCUCGAAACGCAAAGGCAAAAAGUUUCCGAACUCGAAAAGAAGCAGAAGAACUUCGACAAGGUGCUAGCGGAAGAGAAGUCGGUUAGCGAGCAACUGGCAGCGGAAAAGGACGCAGUGGAAAAGGAAGCCAGAGACAAGGAGACCCUGGUGUUGUCCUUGAAACGCGAGCUGGACGAUUCCAACGUGAAGAUCGAGGAGUUGGAGAGGGUGAGGAGGCAGUUACAAGGUGAGCUCGAUGAGCUUGCCAAUAACCAAGGUACUGCUGACAAAAACGUACACGAGCUAGAAAAAGCGAAAAGAUCUCUGGAGAGCCAGCUGGCCGAGCUUAAAGCGCAGAACGAAGAGUUGGAGGACGAGCUGCAGCUCACCGAGGACGCCAAGCUCAGGUUGGAGGUGAACAUGCAGGCGUUGCGGACGCAGUUCGAGAGAGACGUGCAGGCUAAGGAGGAGCAGGCAGAAGAAAAGAGAAGAGGUAUCGUGAAGCAGCUGAGAGAUCUCGAGGCCGAGUUGGACGAAGAGAGGAAGCAGCGGGCUGCUGCCGUUAGUGCCAGGAAGAAGCUUGAAGGUGAUAUCAAGGAACUGGAAAGCCAAAUCGAACUCCACUGCAAAGUGAAGGAGGACGCCCUCAAGCAACUGAAAAAGUCCCAGCAGCAGUGCAAAGAGGCCAUUCGAGACUCUGAGGAAUGCAGAGCGGCGAGAGACGAGUACGCCGCCUCCUGCAAAGAGGCCGAGAGGAAAGUAAAGACGCUCGAGGCGGAGGUGCUGCAGCUGACCGAGGACGUGUCGAGCUCGGAGCGGGCUAGAAGGGCGGCCGAGGCGGAACGCGACGAGCUGCUCGAGGAGAUCAACAGCAGCAACAGCAAGGGCAGCCUGCUGGUGGACGAGAAGCGGCGGCUGGAGGCAAGGAUAGCGGCGCUGGAGGAGGAGAUCGAGGAGGAGCAGAGCACUAACGAGCUGCUGCAGGACAGGGCGAGGAAGGCGCAGCUGACCAUCGAGCAGCUGACCGCCGAGCUGUCGGGCGAGCGGGGCGCGGCGCAGAAGCAGGAGUCGCAGCGGCUGCUGCUCGAAAGGCAGAACAAGGACCUCAAGGCGAAGCUGGCGGAGCUGGAGACUGCGCAGCGGACGAAGACGAAGGCGACGAUCGCGGCGCUCGAGAGCAAGAUCGCCAAUUUAGAGGAGCAGCUCGAGGUGGAGGCCAAGGAGCGCCUGGCCCAGCAAAAGACCAACCGUAAGCUGGACAAGCGCAACAAGGAGCUCGCGAUGCAGCUCGAAGACGAGCGCCGGCACGCCGACCAGCACAAGGAACAAGCGGAGAAGGGGAACGCCCGGGUGAAGGCGCUGAAGCGGCAGCUGGACGAGGCCGAGGAGGAGGUAACGCGCGAGAAGGCGCAGAAGCGCAAAGCGCAAAGGGAGUGCGAGGACAUGUUGGAGUCGCACGAGUCGAUGGCGAGGGAGAUCAACAAUUUGAAGAGCAAGUUGAGGCGAGGUACCAUGGGCAUUUCAUCGUCCCGCCUGAGUUCGACAAAACGCGGAUCCAUCCAGACCAGCGGCAACGGAUCAGGGGAUGAUUCCACCACCCAAGACGAGGCCAUGGACGGGGACGACGUCCCUUCGUAAUCAGGGAGUGGGGCGUCCCCUUCCGACUUAUUUAAAUUAUAUUAUCUAAAUAUAUUAUAUACCUACUGACGGUCACUACGAAAUUCCAUGCAAAACCAAAAUGCUUCUUUGUAUAUAUUUAUAAUUCGUCUAGUACUUAGCGGGUGUUUGUCAGGAAAUUGUGAACUAGCAAACUACUGUUCAACUGAGGUGCUCUUCUGAAAUUUUUUGUGGAUUUCAACUUCCAAUAACCUCGUGAAAGAAUAACUAAGGAUGCUUAGUGAUCAUUGGAAUUGCAAGGUCAAAUGACACUUUGAUGAAUUCCCACCACGAAAAUCACCACCACCAAAUCAUCAUCUAUGUAGCAGAAAUCAAGUAGGUCUGGAAGUAUCGAAAAAACCACGGUAAGACUGCAUUUAUCAUGCGAUGGCUUUUUUUCGAAAAUGUUCUUGGUACUUACGUACUUUUGUCGGAAAAACACGAUUUUUAUAAUGAAAAUGUGAACAAACCACUAUUUAUCGAGAUAUUUUAAGAAAAAGUUCGAAUUUUCGCCUUCUUUUUCCCCUUGUGUUGGAUGCAUUCACAGCUACUUGCUCUUCUUAUUUUGUCAUUGGACACUUUAUAUACUCAUAAUGUACUUCAAUGACACAUUUUUAUAUAAAAAAUUCAACAGGAAAUAUGAUUUUUAUGGCCAGUUUUUCAUAUUUAGUGAGCAAGCAUACUAGGUGGCGGCGAUUUUAGUGAAAAUAUGGAUAAAUCACAAGAAAAUCAGAUUUCUAGUUGACUCAUAUAAUAGAAAAGAAAUGUGUCGUACAUUGUGAUAUAUAUAAAUUGUCCAAUGAUGAAAAAAGAAGGGCAAAUUGUUCUGAAUGCGAACCAGAAGACAGGCGGAAAAGAAGGUGAAAUUUGUAAAUUUAUAGCAAAAUAUCUUAAUAAAAAAUACGUGAGUACCAGAAAAAAUUUUCGAAAAAAAAAACCAUCGCAUGAUAAAUGUAGUUUUUCCAAAACCACAUUCAGCUGAUUCUUUGAAGUUGAAUUUCCUUUUGAAAUUGUGAGCAGCCAUUCAAUUGAACAGAGGUUUACAUUAUAUUGAAGGGGUAAGCAGUGGCUGAAUUAUUCUGGUAUUGAUAUAAAUUUCCAGGAUGUAAACAAUGAAAAUGAUGACCGCGAUCUCAAUCCUUUGAAUUUCUUUCGAGGUUCUUGGGAUUUCUUGGAUCAUGAUGGAAUUUCAUGAAUUGUCUCAGAAUUUCCGGGAUCCUCCUGUCCAGAAUCCCGAAAUUCUGUGGCAAAACUAAUAUGUCAUUUGUUUUUUCCAAAUUUUCACCGCAAAUUGUGAAUAACUCAACACUUUCAAUAUUUGUUGUUCUCCUGUAAUUUCUCAACAGUGGCGGAUCCUGAUUUUGUAGAACCCCAGAAGCACCUCAUUUGGAAGCCCUGUCAAGGGCGUAGCAAUGAUUUUUUUCAAGAAACCGGAGGCCAGAUUCGAAACAAAAAACUGAACGAUCAAAACAGUAGGCGUAAAAAAUUUGCCGUAAGUGGUAUACUGUUGAUUUAGAUUUAUCCAAACAGAGUGAAGAUUAUAUUAGCUCACGCUUUAUUACUACAAUGUUCUAUAAAAUUCUUUUGAAUUUCCCGAAAGUUUAGUAUUCAAAAUGUUGACACUGGUUGAUGUUUAAAAUCUUAGAACUGGGGUUUAUUGAAUUUUUUUGAUUCCUUGAUAAAAACCCUGAACUUUUCUGUAAUUCUAUAGCAUCCUUUUUGGAGUAAAAAAUCUUGACCAAAGUUUACCCCUGAUACAGAUUGGUAAUCAAUGGCCAGAAGCAUGUGUCUUAGUUCAUUGAGGUUGACAAAAAAUGUCAAACCUUGUUUUUUCUGGAAAACACUUUUUUUUGUUAGUAAUAGUAGGGCUUAUGAUUUUAUUAAUGGUGUUCAUUUAUAUUUUUUAUGUUUUGAUUAUGAUGCAUUUUAUUUAUACAAAUUCCUUUAUGAUAUAACUUUUCCGUUCGGUUGUUAUAAUUGAUUUAAGCUUAUGACAAGUAUUUGUGAAACUGUUACAGAAUAAUUUAACAUACCAAUUUUGCAUCAGCGUAUUGCGGUAUAUAAACAAAAAUAUUUAACAAUUUUGCUAAUAAUGAAACUAGCCUAGCAGUUAAUGUUUUGAUACAUAAUAUUUUGUAGAAUAUAUAUUUUGUAAAGACAUCUAUUUUAUUCUAACAUCAUUUUGAUAUGCAUGUUUUUGUAUAAACAAUUUCCUGCAUUUUGUAAAUAUAUCUUUAUGGGGGUCAGGGCUCAUUAUUCAAUUAUAUGUAUGGAAUUGAAUAAAAUGCUAUUAAACU